AUGAGGUUGCAUAAUCCAGCUAGGAGCUGGCAGCUCCUUCAAUCUCCGCCCAAACGCUUCUCUUCUGGAGCUUAUAACCCGCCGCCAUGGCGCCCAGUUUCUGCGAUAGAUGAAUGGGUGAAGCGAGCUAUUCGACCUAUUAGUCUCCGCCAGUUGACCUUCUUUGGUCGGACCUUGACCGAACCACGACUCAUUAGCUCCGCCAACUAUGUGCGGACCGAGCUUCCUACUCGCCUUGCACAUCGUCUGCGAGAUAUCCAGCAGCUGCCCUAUGUUGUGGUUGCGAACCCCCAUCUCACCAUUGUAUACGAGCUCUACUACAAAGCGUUUGAGAAGUUCCGAGUGAUUCCUGAAAUCCGAAGCCUGGAGGACAAUGAUCGUUUCUGUGAUACUCUCAAAGAAAUGCUGAGAGAGCAUCUGAUUGCAAUUCCCAACCUGGCAAUGGGAGUGCUGGAAUGUCGCAACCUCGCUCCGGCGGACGAGAUGGACCGGCUGAUGAACACACUUCUCCGAGCGGUAUGUAAAGCCCACCCUUCUAUCUACUUCAUAGCUGACGAGUAUUCCUUCUGGCAGAGAAUUUCCCGCCGAGUCAUCGCAGAACAGCACCUAGCUCUGACCGAGACCUUCAACUCACCGUGGCAUUUCCCGGAUUCCCACGACAGAAUGGAUAUGAACGCAGACUUCGUGGGGGAAGUGUUCCUCAAAUGCAAGGCUAAGGAGGUGGUCGAGGGAUGUGGGAAGGUUGCACAGGAAUUGAUGCGGAAUAUAUCUGGAUCGAACCAGAUACCCGCCAUCACUGUCAAGGGCCAUGUCGAUGCAACCUUCCCGUAUAUCUUGAGCCACCUUGAAUAUAUCAUCGGGGAGCUUCUCCGCAAUUCAGUCCAGGCAGUCAUGGAAAAAUAUCAUGAUUCGACGGAAACGCCACCACCCAUCGAAGUGCUCGUCUGUGAGACGCCGCAGCAUGUGAUCAUGCGCAUAUCGGACCAGGGAGGAGGAAUUCCUCGAGAGAUUCUCCCAUAUCUAUGGUCUUUCAGCAAAGGCCCUCGUACGCAAUCCCGGCUGGAAAAUCUCGGACAGGUCCCUGCAAUGGCGGCGACAAUGCAAGAGUUGAAAGUGUCAAACGAACUCAAACAUAUUAACCGGGAUACAUACCACGAGGGAUCCCUGGACACAUUGACGUCACGACCACCCAAUCUUCGUCUAGGAAUGGGACUCCCAAUGGGUCGAGUUUAUGCUGAGUAUUGGGCGGGCAGCUUAGAGUUACACAGCCUGGAAGGAUAUGGAGUGGAUGCCUUCCUACAGAUCUCGAAGCUUGGCAACAAGAACGAGCAAGUCACGACUCGGGCGGCAAUUGAUGCAGUGUAG